ACAUCAACAAGGGCUUUAUCUAGCUAUUAGCUAGCUUAAACAUGUUGUUAAUGUUGUAAAACGGCUCCUUUUCGGCACCAAAAACACUUUUCAUAAGGUCAGGAAACAGAACAGUGUCACGCCUUAAAAAAAGAAGUUAAGGAAAUACUACUUACACAGUUUAAGGUUUACUUUCAGUAACACCGUAGGAAAAACUGCAGGACAUAAUUGCACUCAUAGGAAUGCCACCGGACCAUCUCCUCGAUAAAGGACAGAAGACAGCGCGCUAUUUCACCAAAACAGAGUGCAAUAGCUGGAGGCUCAAGACACAUCAGGAGUACUGGCAGGACUGUCCUCACAGACAGUACCAGACAGAGGUGUGUUUGUCUCUGGACAAACUCAGAUUGAUGCGUCUGGAAAGGAAAAACAAAUCAGAGGCUGUGGAGCGAAAACAGUGCAUCGACCUCCUGGAGGCCAUGCUGAACCUGGAUGAGGCUGAGAGGAUCACUCCCAUCGGAAUCCUCACUCAUCCUUUCAUCGCAAAAGGACAAAAGAGGUCCAAGUAAGUUUGUGUGUGUGUGUCUGUGUAUGUGUGUGUAUAUUGUCCGGAUGUGAAUCCUCUUUCACAACUUAAAAAGUGACUAAUUUGCUUAUUAUGGUGGUUCUAAGUCCUGUUUU